UUGAACGCAGCAUAAGAUAAUUGGCAGCUAAGGAAGGAACAUACCACUGAAGAAGACAGAUCUAAAACGUGACAAGUGCUCUUACGCAACAUGUGCACAGGUUAGCCAGUAGUGCCUCAUUCCAGUGUGAAACUGCUGAUUAGAGCCAUGCCAUUCUCACAAAGCUUCCUGUCUGAAGAGCAGCUGCUGUGCUCCAUCUGCUUAGAUGUGUUUGACAAUCCGGUGUCCACGCCAUGCGGCCACAGCUUCUGCAUGACCUGCAUCGGCCACUACUGGGACUCAGUGAAGCACUGUCAGUGCCCCCUCUGCAAGCAGACCUUCAAGAGAAAGCCCGAUCUCCACAUUAAUCGAACUCUCCGAGAGAUCACUGAACAGUUCAAGUGCAUGAAGGGAAACCCGGGGGCCUCUGGAGGGGACGGGGCAGAUAGAGACGCUGAGGAAGGGGGAACGACACAAGAGCCCGUUGGUAGUACACUUAGGCCAGGCCAGCUUCCAGGUUAUCUUCUUGAUGAAAUGAAGCAGAGACUCACACGGCACAGGGCACACCGCAAUUCUCUGGCCUCUCAGAAUGAAACGUGGUCUGAACAAACACUAAAUACUGAUAGUACUAGUGACACCCAGCCACCUGGUUUUGCCAGACAGGUGUCCCUGCGAAGGUAUACCUUGAGUGGGGCGGCAGAUGCCAUGAAAGUCCGCCUUUGUCCAAAACAUCACCGAAACCUGGAGCUGUUCUGUCGAUCUGAUGUGGAAUGUAUUUGUGUUGAGUGUGGACAAACGGAACACCAGUCACAUGACAUCACAUGUGCCGAGAAAGAGUGGCAGAGUCAUAAGAUGAAGAUUGCUAUCACAGAGAACGAGAUACAGGAGAUGACCAAGCAGAGGAUGGAGAAAGUGGAGGAGAUCAAACAAUCACUAGUUGAUAUCAAAAUGCUGUCAGAGCAUGAGGUGCAGUGCAGCAUGCAGCUGUUUGGAGCUUUGAUAAGCUCCCUCGAGCGCAGUCAGGCAGGGCUGCUGGAAGUGACUGAGAUAAACCGUCGCUCAGCAGAGCACCAGGCUGAGCUCAUGAUCAGAGAGCUGGAGCAGGAGAUCACAGAACUGAGGAGGAGAAGCACAGCGCUUGCUAAACUGGCCCAGACUGAAAAUUACAUCACCGGACUGAAGGGCUACUCUGACGUCAGCACUCCCAAGACAAUGAAAGACUGGACGGGUGUCUCACUGACCUGUGACCUUGGAACUAAAACAAUUUAUACCUCUGUCUGUCAGCUACUGGAACAGUUUAAGGAGGAGCUUCAGAAAGUACCACCUGCCUUCUGCCUCUCUGUGUCCGCUAACCAAUCACCUGUGAAGUCACACCCAAGUAAGACUUCUGUUGAAGUGAAGAGAAUGCAGGAAUAUUCAGUACCAAGACUGGGCCCUAUUUCCCAACAGUGGAGUGAGACUAAAGUUAUGCUGCUUACACAAUACAGUACAACCACACUGUGUUUGUUAAUGACACUGUAAUCAACACUAACUGUAUUUACGUUGUUGUUUUUACCGCUAUAGGUAACUCCCAAACCAAAUCCUAACGGUAUUUUCUCUCUGUACAUCGUUCGUGUUGAAGCAUGUCAAAAGUAACUGUCGGACUCGGAAAGAAAAUACCCUGGGCUCCCUGGAGUCGGCGAGGAUGCGUUUCCUCAACGCGCCGCCAGGUGGCAGACCUACUGAUUUCAUUACUGCACUUUUUCCCUAACGUGAAGCAAACACGUGGUUACAUUCGUCUUCGCCAUAGCCAAACUGCCCUUUAUGACUUAUUGGCAAAUAAAACUACAUAUAAAGCAAACUUCACAGAUGUCUAC